AUGACGACUGAAGAAAAUUCGCAAUCUUCGGAUAUAACGAAAAAAAAUGGUGAUGCAGAUGAUGAGAGACAUGAACAUGAUGAUGAUGAAUCAACAAAAUCUGAAACAUCUUCUGCACAACCGGUUAGACGAUCGCGUUUUUUUCGUUCGAAACGAAAACAACGUUUAAAUGAAGAACAGUCUCAUCAUGUCGAAACCAAUGAUGAUGACGAUCAUAACACUUCUCUUGCUGAACCACCAACUGAGUCUUCCAAAAAUUCACAACAAACUUCUGAAGAAAAUCCGUCAACUGAACCCGAUGAUUCAUCAGUUGUUCCCACAACAACUAAAAGGCGUUCAUUAUCACCUCCGCCUCCACUUCCGUCUAAUGAUGAUGAUGAUGAUACUACUACUGAACAAGAUACCAGUGGAAGUUCAGAAGAACCACCAAUUUUUACAUGUCCAAUUGAUGAUAUAGAUGCGGAACGUGAAGCUUAUCUAGCCAACAGGAAAGCUCAUGAAUUAAAAGCACUGGCUCAGUCGCGACCGUCACUCCCAACAGUUUUCUCUGGCUAUCAGCGAAAAAAAUCACAAUCAGUCAAAUUAGUACGUCUUGAUCCGUUUGAUGCGUGUCCGAAGAAGAAUGUUCGAUUUGCUGAUGACUUUGGUCUUGAUUUGAGUCAAGUUAAGGUGAUUAAAUCCGAUGAACUACCUCAUGUGCCGAGUGCUGCUUUCAAAGAUUUACAUAUCAGUAACGAAGAUAGUGCAACGAAUGCUUAUCAAGAACGAACGAAGAUCAUCACAUAUUUGGAACAACAAUUCGAAAAUCCACUUCAUUCCCAUGGUUUCGAUGAUCGUGUCUCACGUCAUAAAGUUGUACUCGAACAAGCAAAUGCGAUUGAUAAUCGAAUCUACGGAACAAUCAAAAUCCUUUCCUUCGGUUUUAAUAAACGCGUUAAAGUUCGCUUAACAGUGGACAAUUGGAUGAGUUAUAUCGAUCAUGACGCAACAUAUAUUCUCGAUUCCUUCGAUGGUACAUAUGAUCGAUUUACAUUUACAUUAGAAAUUGCUCGAGAUCGAAUAUGCGUGGGAAAUAAUAUUCAAUUCUGUAUCGGUUAUGAAUCUUAUGCUGGACCCGAGUACUGGGAUAAUAAUUAUCACCAAAACUAUCGAUUUGAUUGUAUUUCAAGGACGAUACCUGAUUACAGUAGUUAG